CGUGCCCCUGAGGAAAACGGGUGAUUUUUUUGUGUAAAUCUAGACUGUAAUUCUGUAAUAUAUCAUUUGGACUCGUAAAACCGACACUAAAACCAUUUGGUCUAUAAAUCAUUUCUCAAAUUAUGAGUUCAUUGUAUUAUGCGAACGCGCUGUAUUCCAAAUAUCAACUGGCGAGUUCUGUCUUUUCUACUGGCGUUCAUCCCGAGCAAACUUCUAGUGCCUUUGCGAGUAGUUCUCAGCGGUCCGGCGGCUACGACUUGGCCUCCACCGGUACACCCGUCUCCUCAUCUUCCGUCUCCCUGUCAAGCAUGUAUACUAACGGUGCAAGUGCUUCCAGCCAAAGCUUAGGUAUGUACCCCACUGCGUAUGAGCUGGGGGCUGUCUCUCUGAACAAGCACAGCUCUCUGUUUGAGCAUCCGAGUCUACGCAUGGUGUGCGCUGGCGAUCUCUCUAGAACGCAAAGUGGUAAGGCAGAGCAGGGAGGCUACAAUCAAAACAACGAAGACAACCUCCGGAUCUAUCCAUGGAUGAGGAGCACAGGUGCGGACCGGAAACGGGGUCGACAGACAUAUUCGCGCUAUCAAACACUAGAGUUGGAGAAGGAGUUUCACUUCAACCGUUACCUUACACGGCGGCGGCGUAUCGAGAUUGCACACGCCCUUUGUCUGACUGAACGUCAGAUUAAAAUUUGGUUUCAAAACAGAAGAAUGAAAUGGAAGAAAGAGAAUAAAUCUGCGAGUCCCUGCUCUCCAACUGUCGACCAAAUCAGGGGUGAUGAAGAAGAUGAGGACUGAAAUUUCAGGUUGUGGUAAUCUGAGGAGCAACAUGACCUUAUAAAAUUCAUAAUACACUGAAGAUGCAAUGUUAGAAGGUUACUGCAGGCAAAAAUAUCGUCUAACUACUUAUACAACGUGUGUUAAUGUUUGUAGUAAAGUGACUAAAUAGAAAUAAUAUGCUGCAGUUAUUAGAGAAGUGCAUAGCGAAAUAUAUAUAUUUGAACCUGUCUGUGAAAUCCAAGUCGCAUAAUCUAAUUUUGAGAUUAGGAGCAUCAACGUUUGACUUUUAAUUAUUUAUUUAAAGUUUUGACAUGGCCUUAGUCAAUAUUUAUGAUAUUAUGUUAUAUUUAAACAGCAUCAUCUUUACAGGAUUAGUUUUAUUUAUACCAGUAAAUCACAAAAACAUUAUUUAGCUGGGUUUUCACAGAUUGGGCACGUUUAUAUAAUUAACGAAAACUAGUUGCAAAAAAUGUGCAUGCUUAAAUAUUUGGCCUAUUAGAUGGGGUCAAACACAAAAGGGAGCAAUGUAUUUUUAGCUAAGGUGUUUUGUACCUAUGUCCUGUUUUCUUGACAUAUAUGUAAUUUUUUUGUUAAAUGUUUCAGUUGAAAUAAACGAGGCGUAAGAAUA